AUGGAUGUAUCAACGCGUCUUGGGCAAUUGCCUACUGAGAUACUCGAGAUUUGGCACGCUCAUAGACUGCCCGUCAUCUUUUCCGCAAUAUCGCUGAUUGCUGCCAUACGACUAAUACAGAAUGCAAGAAGGAAGCGCGAAAAGCUUUCUCUGUCGCCAGUCCCGAUCUCUCCAGCUAAGAAAGAUGAAGACAUCAGUCUUCCGUGGCAACUAGAGGGUCGCACGGAGAAGCAAGAAUUAGACCUAGAACUCCGCGCCGAGGACUCAUCACCGCCACUGGUACAACAGCGGAGUCGAGUGCCGAAGACGGUGAAGGGAGUGAAACUGAAAUCGGGCCAGAAACAGGCUAAAGACUUCGAUCACACAACAGAUAAGAUUCAGCCGUUGAUCUUCUUCUCCUCACUCGCAGGGACAACGGAAGUCUUUGCUACCAAGUUUGCGGAGGAGUUAACGACUUGGAUUGAGAAUACUUCAGAGCUUCCGUCGUUGCUCAAACCUGAACUCCUUGAUCUUUCCUACAUCGAGUACGAUGACUACUUCAUCAGCCCUCCCAAGACGGACCCAAACACCAAAUAUGUCUAUCUCGUUCUACUUCCUUCGUAUGAUAUCGACACCGUACUCGACAUCUUCCUCGAAAAUCUCCAAGAAACCCACAACGACUUUCGAAUCGACACGGCACCGCUGUCUGGGCUGCUUGGAUAUACUGUUUUCGGCUUUGGAGACAAGCAAGGAUGGCCUACAGAGGAGGAAGGAUUCUGUUCGCAGGCGAAACAAGUGGAUAAAUGGCUAGCGAAGCUGACUGCGAGAAAGCGAGCAUUCCCACUGGGUAUGGGAGAUGUUAAAGGUGCUGCACAAGAGAGGCUAAAUGAAUGGCGACUUGGUGUGCAAGAGGUCCUGGCUGAGAUUGCUGCGGGAAAGGGGCUAGGUGACGGAGUGGCAGGGAGUGGAGACGCUGUAGAAAGUGACGAAGAGGACAUUGAGGGCGUGGAAAAUAGCGACGACGAGACUCCUGUCUCCACGAAAGCGCGGAGACCUCAAAAACUGGUGAGAGUGGACGAUCUCGAGGACCUUGGGCGAAUGAUCAACACAGAGGAACCUGCCGAUUCAGCGCCUUUGGCAAUCGACUUCACGACGUACAAGUCUAAGCUGAAGACACCUGCGGUAGUUCAAUUGAAAGAGAUGGUCCCAACGUCCUCUCCGACCCACGCCUCCCUCACCAAGCAAGGCUACAGCAUCAUAGGCUCUCAUUCUGGUGUUAAGAUUUGCCGUUGGACCAAAUCCGCACUCAGAGGCCGUGGAUCUUGCUACAAAUACUCAUUCUACGGCAUUGCAUCUCAUCUGUGCAUGGAAGCCACACCUUCCCUAUCAUGCAGCAACAAAUGUGUCUUCUGCUGGCGCCACGGCACCAAUCCCGUAGGAACCACCUGGCGCUGGGUCACCGACGCCCCCGAAGUGAUAUUUGAUGGCAUUACAACCGCUCACUACAAGAAAAUCAAAGCAAUGAAAGGCGUCCCAGGCGUCCGCGCUGAGCGCUUUGCGGAAGCCAUGCGCAUCCGACACUGCGCCCUCUCCCUCGUCGGCGAGCCCAUCUUCUACCCUCAUAUCAACGGACUCGUCGCCAUCAUGCACGCGAACCGCAUCUCGACCUUCCUCGUCUGCAAUGCGCAGCACCCCGCCCAGCUCGAGGCCCUUAUUCCCGUCACGCAGCUGUACGUCUCCAUCGACGCGUCUAACAAAGACAGUCUAAGGAAGAUCGAUCGACCGCUCCAUCGAGAUUUCUGGGAGCGCUUCUGUGCGUGUCUGGACAUCCUGAAAAAGCGGAGGUUCGAGCAGCGUACCGUCUUCCGCCUCACGCUCGUCAAGAACUUCAACAUGGCGGAUGAAGUGCGCGGCUACGCGGAUCUGGUCGAGCGCGCGCUACCAGGGUUCGUCGAAGUGAAGGGCGUCACGUACUGCGGUACUUCUGCCGCUGGCGGUGCAGGGAUUACCAUGGAGAACGUGCCCUUCUACGAAGAGGUAGCCGCGUUUGUAGAGGCGCUUGCGGAAGAGCUGAGCAACAGGGGCUUGCACUACGGCAUAGCGGCCGAGCACGCGCACAGCUGCUGCGUGCUGCUCGCGGAUAAAGAGAGAUUCCUCAGAGACGGGAAGUGGGCAACCCGUAUCGACUUUGAAAAGUUCUUCGAGUUGUAUGAGGGCGGUGGAGAGUGGAGACCGGAGGAUUAUAUUGGGGGCGAUACGCCCGAGUGGGCGCUCUGGGGGAACGGGGGCUUUGACCCCAGAGAUACGAGGGUGUGGACGAAGGGAAAGAACAAGGGUAGGGUGAUCGUCGGGGGCGGAGGAGUGGGGAGUGAGAAGGCGAAGAGGCAGGGUGUGGAGACAGUAGGGCCAGGGGGAAUGGUACUUGAUGGGGCGGGAGUGGUUGAGAUAUGAUUUUGCGGUGAAGGGCUGAGAUCAGGAUACAAAGGUCGUGGAGUUGAACAAUUGCGAAUAACUUAUGAAUGGAACCAGGGCGGAUACUAUAGUGAAUUGGCUUGGCGUUCGAUUAUCGCGGACGGACUGGCUCCCAUUCAUACAUGCAGAUGCCUGCUGUUUCCAUGGUCUGAAUCUGGGUGCUAAGUGGGUGAGAUCGAAGCCCUGUCUGAGAUGUCACUAUCAUUGAGCAAAAUCGCAACGCC